AUGAUGAUCCGGAGACAGAACCUCCACCGCUUCCAGAGCCUCGCACUCGCACACACAUCCCGAACCCUUGCACAGACGCCGCGCUACGUCUCCCAGAGCGCACGACAGAAUGUGUCUAUCCCCGCCUCAUCACAAGUCUCGACCUCACAACUCCUGUCAACACAGCCAGAGUCGCAAAUAGCGCAGACAAAAGCAGUCCUCGGACGCCUACCAACAGAGACCGUCCUCCGAUCCUACCUCAUCACAGCCGUGUCAUCCCGGCCUCUGCUGCUCAAUGCUUGCUUCGGCAUCUUACGGCGCAUGCUAGACUCGAAGUCUUUCCUCCUGAGCAUCGAGCGAAACCCGGUGCUGUCCAACCUACUCAAGAAGACUUUCUAUGCGCAGUACUGCGUUGGCGAGAAGAAAGAUGAGGUCGUUAGGAACACCGAAUUUGCACGCACGCUUGGAUACGGCGGUAUCCUGUUUGAGUACGCGCUCGAGGUUCUAGGCGGAAAGGCACCGACUGCCGAAGAGACCAAGAUGGAGAUUGAGGUGUGGAGAAAGGGAAUGUUGCAGAGCGUUGAUAUGGCGAAGGAGGGUGACUUUGUUGGACUGAAAUGGUCCGGUCUCGGUCGCCAUGCCCUCAACCUCCUCCAGAAUCAGCAAGAUGCCACCCCUGAGAUGUGGGAUGCCAUCACGGCAGCUUGCGAUGCCGCCGCCGCAAAGGGUGUCAGCCUCCUCCCUGGUGCCGAAGAAGAGGCAACCAACCGUGGACUCGAGAAGUGGACACUAGCCCUGCAGGAGAAGUACAACAAGCCCGAGAACGGUCGCGCGGUACUCUACAUCACAUACCAGUGCUACCUGCGCGACAUCUCGAAGCGCCUUGCCGAGCACCUUGAGCGCGCCUCAAAGGGAGGCUACAUCGCUGGUGUCAAGCUUGUACGCGGCGCCUACCUCACAUCCGAGCCCAAGCAUCUCACCUUUGACACCAAAGCCGGCACCGACGCCAACUACGAUGCCCUCGCUGAUGCCGUAGUCCGCCAACAAUGGACUGACAAGGUCCCCGCCCCCACACCAGGCACUCCCUUCCCCAAGGUCAACAUUGUCCUCGCAACCCACAACCUCGCCUCAGUCCAAGCCGCCCAGAAGAUCCGCGCCCAACAAAUGCUCUCCACAUCCCCGGAGAACCUACCUCGUCUUACCUACGCCCAACUCCAGGGUAUGGCCGACGAGAUCUCACAGGCUCUAGUCCAAGACGAGACCAUGAAGGCAGACACCCAGGCGAAGGUCGUCAAGUGCAUGACUUGGGGUACCACAACCGAAUGUCUCAACUUCCUGCUCAGGAGGGCAAGUGAGAACAAGGAGGCUGCGCUCCGUACUGAGGAUACCCGAAAGGCCAUGGGCAAGGAGCUCUGGAGACGCUUGAGGGGUAUUUUCGGCCUUGCCUAG